CGUUAAAGAAAACAAACGCGCUUUCAGUUUUCAUUUUAAAGUCGUACUAUUAGUAGUGGUAACUCUGCCUGAGUGGUCGGGAAUAAAUCGAAACGUUAACCUAUUAUCUACUGAAAUCGUUUCCCAAUGGUAAGUACAGAUUUUAAAGAGCUCCUUUAACCUGUCUGUUAAAUUUUACAUAUACGAAUAUAACUAAAACGCAGAUUAACAAAAGGGUCAGCCAGUAUUUUGUAACGUUCUCUCUACACUCUUUGGAAGUCGGGAAGAAUGUCUGAAGAAGUAUAGUUACGAACACAAACACGAAAUAAUCUACUAAUGUUAAUUUGUGUAGACAAGUUUUAUUUAAUACUCACUACAGGAAAAGGAUGUCUAGUAUAAUACAGUUUCAAUUUUGACACAUAAAAAAGUCAUCAUUUGAAACCAUUAACUUUCUUGACUGUAUGUCAUUUCAAACAUAUUUCGCUUUAAGAUUUCUUUUUACGCUUCGUUAUUGCUCCUCGCCGUUUAGUAAUCAUUAAAUAAUUCUAAUUCUCUCUUUCAUUUUCAACGUUGGCGUAGUUUAUAUAUAAACAAAAGCCCGCCACCUGCUAAAAGCUUAGCAAGUCUUCAGAUUUGUGCUAUCAUUCACGAACUUCUAAAGACACAACCAAGCGCACAAUUAAUUCAUAUUAAAAUGCCCUGAGAUUAAAGUUUUGAAACGUAUUUUUUGCGGUGAUAAUUUAUUUAAUGAUUGAAAGUUCUCAUGGCAAUCUCCCAGAUGAAACUGAGAUGUAACCACGAAGUCACUCGGCAUUUUACCUGCUCAUAAUCACUCAAACGAUUUUUAAUAAUUGAUUACCUUAGCAGGUCCUUAAAUUGAAGUUUAUAUUACUCUGGAAUAUAAACACCUCUGAACGAUUAACGACAGUUGAACAGGAAUUCUAAACCUGAAGCUAUGCUAUGGCAGAAGUACUUGUUCUGUAGAUUCUCGGGGAAAAAAUUCCGCAAAAAAGAUAUAUGAGGGGUGUCCACUGGAGGGAAAGUGACGAUUUUAUGUGUAACUGACUUUGUGACAUUGAAAUCGUGAAAUGCAUCGGCGAGUAAAAUGUUAGAAGUGGAAUACCGCAUUUUAUUUUUUCGUAGCGUCAUUCGCUCUUUUUCAAUUCUCUGUUAAAAUAUUUUUAAUAUAUAUAUAUAUAUAUAUAUCAUUGUCAUGUGAAUUUUGUAAAAUUUCUGUGGCAUUGUAAUUUAAUACAGCGACUGAAGUGAGUGAGACGGUAAUUGAGAAAAAAGAAACAUCUAAAGGAUAGGUGGUACAACACAGGAAAGUUCAACCUAAGACUUAAAGGCAAGUCAGAAAUAAGGCGUUGCCACAGGCAACGCAACUGUGAAGAAAGUAUAGAAUUGAGAUUAAGGGAAACUGCCUGCUGUGCUUAUAUCAAACUUAUAAGUCAUUCUUACCCUUGGUUGUAUAAUCAGACUUUUGCAAAACUUUUUGUGAAUAAGUAAACAACUUCAGGUUCAUUUUUGACUUUUAUUCAUAUAUUCAUUUACGUUUAUUAUUACUAUUAUUAUUAUUAUUAUUAUUAUUGUUAUUAUUAUUGUUAUUAUUUUGUUUUUCGAAUUUCAACAAAUCAUAAAACACCUAGGAAACUUCUCAUUACAAGUGUUCCUAUUAAAUUUUUCUUCAACUCAAGGUUUCCCUGAGGGGACGAAAGACUAAGAGAGAAUUUUCUUGCAAUAAACGGCUAUUAAGAUAUUUGGAAGAUUUCCAUUACAAACGAACAGUUGUCAUUUUUAAAAUGUAUCUGGCAGUUUUCUGCCCCUGAACGCCGAUGGUCAGAAUUGUAAAUAGUUUCUUUUUUUAUUAUUUUUGCUACAGGAGAGGCUAUCUGAUGAGCAAAUUGAAGGUUAGUUUGUAUAAUGAAAAGUUUGUAAAUCACGAGCCGAAGGCUAGUGAUUUUACAAGAUUUUCGAGUGUUCUAUCAACGUCCCAAGUGAGUUAUCAGGCCGGUAAACCCAUCGAAAGUGUGGUCUAUUGCUUUUAUAAAAUAACUUUAGUUUUUUAUGAGUUUACCGGCACAAUAAACCAUAGGUUUUCAACCAAUCAGAACGCGCGUACUUUCUCAGUUAAGUUUAAUUAUAAAAUCUCAUAUCCAACAUGCGCGAGUGGAAUAAUUGUUUUAUUAAAAACGCCCGCAAAAUAUCAAGAAUUCUUCCCGACCUUAUCGGUAAAAACAAAUCGAUUUUCAGCUUGUUUUUAAUUUUGAGCACAGGCGUACAGAGAGAUUUUACUUAACCCGUGAAACACAAGUAGGUAGUAGAAUAGUACGCGUAACUAUGCACUAAUUCCAUUGUCUUCUUUUGUUUACUAGUAGCUAAUUUGCACCAGUCGUUAUUCUCUGUUUCACGGGUCAAGUAAAAUCGCUCUACCAUAUUUGGAGAGCAAGGUAUAAUGGCUCAUAUGCCGUGAUGGCUAAGCCAUUCACAGCGCUAGAAUUGCAUGAUCCAGUGAUUUAGUUUUUAAUAAUUUAUAGUAUACAAUAUAAUAUAAUAUCAUAUCAUAUCAUAUCAUAUCAUAUCAUAUCAUAUCAUAUCAUAUCAUAUCAUAUCAUAUCAUAUCAUAUCAUAUCAUAUCAUAUAGUAUAAUAUAAUGUCUUACGUAAUAUCUUGCUAAAUUGACUAAUACAAUGUAAAUUUCACAAGAACCUGGAAAAAUAAAAGACGGUCAAUCAACAGCGUUUAUUUAUUUUUCUUUCAGAAUAUCGUGCUGCUUUCUACUUGUUCGAUCGCGAUAGCAAUGGGUUCAUUACAACAAAGGAGCUGGGCUCCAUUAUGAGGACGUUAGGUUUUAACCCUAACGAAGAAGACCUACAACAGAUGAUUUUCACGGUCGAUUACGAUGGUAGGUAUAAUAUCUUCGAUUACUUGACAGGAAGUGAAUAAACACUCCUGUUACAGUCUGUGCAUACGUACAAUCUGUUGAUACCUUAGAGUAAGUUUGAGGUACGAUACACAUACGGCAUUUUGUAGAUAUAAAAACCUUGAAAAAGCUCCUUGUCUAAUCACAGGAGACGGAAAACUAAAUUUUGAAGAAUACAUCAAUCUGAUGGAGCAACAGAAGACGCCUGACGAAAGAGAAGAAGACAUUAUACAAGCUUUUCGAGUUUUUGACUCCGAUAACAAAGGAUACAUAGAAUCAGCUGAUUUGAGAGAAUUGUUGGAAAAUAUGGAUUGGAAAGUUCGUGAAGAGGAUUUGAAAGAUUUGAUAACAAGGGCUAACCUAGACCGAGACAGAAGAGUCAGCUUUGAAGGUAGGGUGAAAAGCGGAGAAUGGCUGUUAUCAUUAGAAAAGGUUAUUGAGCUCAUUACAGCUUGCACGAAAUUUGACAUACUUGUUGUGCACUAAAUUAAAUAUUUUGGUAAUGUUAUACAGAUAACUAUUUUUUGGAAUAUUUGAGAAUUGUGUGGACGUUGUGAGGCCCGAGAUAAGCAUAAGCAAGUCUUGCAUAUAUUGACUCGGUUUUUACAUCGAAACGUAAAGCGGUAUGACCUUGCUCGGUUAAUUUUCAGGCUGCAUCCCUUUGUUAGUGUAACGUGUCUGUAAUACCUUUUGUACCCAUUUUGAAGAUUCUGUCUGGUAAAGGGUCCCACCUAUGAAGUCACAUAAGUUAUGGUGAAUGGUCUCGAUAUAGAAUUAUACUAUGGACUACAAAGUAAUGACUACUUUUCAUGGUAACCCUUAUCAUUAAAUCUGCAAGUGUAAUGGUAGUUGAAGUUAGACUCAUCUCUAAACUGCUUUUCUUUUAUAGAGUUUGCAAUGCUUGUGGAUCCAGAAGGGCUGCCACCACCUCAGGAUGAUGAUAAUAACAAUGAAGGAGAUGAUUUAUAAAGUACAUCAGUGAGAAGAUAUAAAUAUGCAUGAUAUCGUCUUCAGUAACGUUACCUUGCUCAUUAAAUGAUUCAUUAUCUUUGUUAUCACAAAAGUUUUGUAGACAUCAGGUCAUAUAACAAUAUAUCGAGAGAAAAAGCAGAAAGAUUUACUACUUGAUUUCAUAUUAAUGUAAAUACUUCGGCCUGGAAUAACCAAGAGCAAUUUUAUAGAAAACAUUGUAAAUAUAUUUUUACUUUUUCUUGGGCAAAGAAGAGACAAGUUCA